UCGGAGUGUCCUCGUCUGUUUUCCGAUUCGGCCAACCUGAAUUCCUGCAGGCUAUGACGGCCUCGCUAAAUUUAGAGGCGGCGGAGUUAAAUGUGCGGGAGACAAUUCGGGCUGCCCCACUGCCUCCAAGGCUGCCCAACUGCCUCUUCAUUGUGCCAGGACCAGAGGACCAGAGGACCAGACCUGAGCGGCUCCGUCUCUUUGCUCUGACGGUUCUCUCUUCUCUCCCACCUGCUCAGGACUCUGCUCACUUCCUCCAGGGACUACCCAAGCCACUACUCCACUUGUAGGAGAGGGAAUCCUUCGUCCUUUAUUCCGCCACUCUCUACACGACCCUCUCUCCGCUUAUUCACGCUCACCCCCCCUGCUUUCUGCCUGACACACACACACACACACACACACACACACACACACACACACAGACAUGGAGCCAGGGAGUAUACGUGAGGACCUGCGCCUCUACCAGAGCACGCUUCUCCAGGACGGCCUCAAGGAGCUGCUGAACGAGAACAAGUUUGUGGACUGCGUGCUGAAGGUGGGCGAGCGCAGCCUGCCCUGCCACCGGCUCAUCAUGGCCGCCUGUAGCCCCUACUUCAGGGAGCUCUUCUUCGACGAGGACGAGGAGAAGGGAGUGUCCGGCGAGGGCAACAAGGACGUGGUUCUGGAGAACGUGGACCCGUCCAUCAUGGAGAUGAUCAUCAACUACCUGUACUCGGCCGACAUCGACAUCAACGACGACAACGUCCAGGACGUCUUUGCCGUUGCCAACCGCUUCCAGAUCCCCUCGGUGUUCACCGUGUGCGCCAACUAUCUCCUCAAGCAGCUCUCUGUGGGCAAUUGCCUGGCCAUCUACCGGAUGGGGCUGGUUCUCAACUGCCCCCGGCUGGCCGUGGCCUCCAGGGACUACAUCACAGACCGUUUCGAGACGCUGUCGAAGGAGAAGGACUUCCUGGAGCUGGCCGCCCACGAGCUGUUUGCCAUCAUCGGCGUGGACUCGCUCAACGCGGAGAAGGAGGAGCUGGUUUUCGAGACGCUGAUGCGCUGGGUACGCAAGGACAAGGAGCACCGUCUGAAGACUCUAGGCGACGCCUUUGACCACAUCCGGUUUCGCCUGCUCCCGGAGAAGUACUUCAAGGAGAAGGUGGAGACAGACGACAUCAUCAAAGCCGACCCCGAGGUCAUGAAGAAGAUGAAGGUCAUCAAGGACGCGUUUGCCGAGCUGCCCGAGAAGAAGAAGGAAGGGAAGAAAGGGAAGAAAGGGAAGGAUGGGAAAGAGAAGAAGGAGGAGGAGGAGGAGGAGGAGGAGGAGGAGGAUGGUGGCCUGCCUGGGUACCUGAACGACACGCGUCGGCUCGGCAUGUACGCCAAGGACAUGAUCCUGAUGAUCAACGACACAGCCGCCGUGGCGUACGACUCGGUGGAGAACGAGUGCGCCUUAGUCGCCAUGGCGGAGCAGAUACCGCGGAAUCACGUCAGCUUCAUCUCUGCCAAGAACCAGCUCUACGUGGUCGGAGGCCUGUUUGUGGACGACGACAGCAAAGAUGCCCAACUCCAGUGUUACUUCUAUCAGCUGGACCCCAUUUCUGCUGAUUGGACAGCACUUCCCCCUAUGCCCUCCCCCAGAUGUCUUUUCGCUAUGGGGGAGUGUGACAACUUCCUGUUUGCUAUUGGUGGCAAAGACCUACAGACCAACGAGUCCUUGGACUCAGUGAUGUGUUAUGAUACUGAUAAACUGAAGUGGAGUGAGACCAAGAAGCCGCCGCUGCGGACUCACGGCCAUUGUGUCAUCUCACAGUACGGAAUGAUCUACUCCAUAGGAGGCAAGACAGAUGACGGCAAACACAUCAACAAGAUGUUUGUGUACAACCACAAGAAGGCCGAGUGGAAGGAAGUGGCUGGGAUGAAGACGGCUCGGUCCAUGUUCGGCGCAGUAGUGCACAAGGGGAAGAUGAUCGUGGUCGGAGGGGUCAACGAGAGUGGGCUGUUGAACUCAUGUGAGGCCUAUGACUUUGGAACAAACAAGUGGGAGGCCUUCCCAGACUUUCCCCAGGAGCGGAGCUCCCUGAACGUGGUGAGCAGUGGGGGGGCCCUGUUCACCCUGGGGGGGUACACCAUUGUCGAGACGGACGAUAAGGAGUGCGCUCCCACAGAACUUACAGACAUCUGGCAGUACGAGGAGGACAAGAAGCAGUGGACGGGCCUGAUCAGAGAGAUGCGCUACGCGGCAGGGGCCUCCUGUGUGUCCAUGCGCCUCAACCCCACCAAGAUGCCCAAACUCUAACUCCGUUCUCAUUCACACACACAUAGCUCUCAUAGGUCCAGAGGCAAAACAUACCAGAAGAAAAGCACACAAGUCAUAUUACGGUAUCCUUGUUACAUUGGGAAAAAUACCCAUCACAAUUAGUAGUGUAAGCACACAACUAAGUUGACAGUGUAGUAUCGCAGGGCUUAAAGCAAGGAACAUCUCUGUGCUUGAGUUUAUCAGAAACCUUUCAAAGCCUGGGAGCUUUAUGUCCUGAUACUGAGUAAUGUAGUUGGACACACCGCUAAAGGCCCAAUGAAUCAAGGAUACUUGUGAUAUAGAUUGUUACUAAAAUGCUGGUUGGUGUUUUGUCUGCCAGUAUGCCUACUGAAUGUGAAAAUAGUAGAAGCACAACAUCCAUUUUUCAUGAACAUUCUUGUUCAACAAUUUUGUUUGUUGGAGUUUCACCAUGGCAACACUGCAUGCUCGACUGAACAAGUGAUUCCUUUAAGUUUAAGUGCUUAAUUUUGAGCAUUUGAGAUUGAGAUUUGUUCCGAAAGUUUCAGCAAGAACUGUUAAUGAUGCUUUAGAGAAAAGUGGUCAUGUAAGCCUGCAUCAUUUCACAAGCAUUACACCAGCGGAUUCUAAAAUUUGAGCAGGACCUCUUGGCUCAGGAAUGUCUAAUACCAACACACUAGCACCACUAGAGGGCAUCAUUGUCAACAUACACUUCUUGCCUUGAGGACUACAAACUCAACCAGUUCACAUUUUUACACUUAUUUUGUUUUGGUACACUGUGGAGUGAGUGGCUUGGGGUUUCACACUAAUAUUCCAUUAUCUUUCUUCCUUUCUUUAAAAAAAAUAAAUAUGUGUUGUGGGGUGGAGGUAUGGCAUUCUUACUCUGCUGUGAUCAGCCUAGCAGAUGCAUCAUGCAGAGUUCAAUCAGUGUUGAAAUGCUGACCACUGUUCUCAACAUAAACCAGCAGAGGUUUAGUAUAGGACACUGCCACAUGUUGUUAAAAAAGACAUUUCACUUUAAAUAGACUCUGUUGUAAGUUAUUUUAUAAAAAAUAAAGUUGUAUUGACCAUG